CUGUCUCCCAGACCUCAUUUGUUAAACCUGACCUGUGAUGAGCGGAUGCACUGUGACCCCCAGAAGCUACUGGAAGUCAAGAAGCCAGAGAACGUGGCCACAAACAUCCUGAACCUGACCUCCACACUGUAUGAGGUACCCCAGGACGAUGGGAGGUGGAAGAACCAUCAGAAGCUGCUCCACUUGGAAAGAGAGAGCUGGGAGCGAUCCAGUCCUCUGAACAGAAACAAGACCCUGGCCAAAGAUGUUUCUGGAUUCCAGCUGAGUCACCAAGGCCCAGUCAGUGUGGAUGAGGGGAACCAACCAUCCCGAUCAGAGCGAACACAUUACAUCCCAGGGCCCCCACCCCUCAUUCCAACAUCCAGGCAUCAGACUGGAGCUGAACGACAAGACCCCAUCACUCAGGGAGCUGCAAUCCCACUGCUCAGCACAGCUGCCUAUGUGCCAGAGCGUGGGCAGGGUCAUCUGGGGGCAGUGCCCGUUCACCUGCAGUGGUCAGUGGAUCCAGCCAGAGGCGCAAUGAAACAGGAGCAGUUAUCACCAGGAGCACAGAGCAGCCCACUGCAGAGCACAGUCACACAGACAGUUCAAAACAACUUUAUCAGCACAGCUUCACCACUGUGCCUGGUUCAAACUGGCAGCAUUAUACGGGGAACCCCUGGAGCUCGAGUUCCAUCAGAGUCAGCAGCUUCCUACCGAGGCUCAAUCACUCAGGGAACGCCAGCAGAGGUUCUGUAUAAAGGAACCGUCACCAGGGUCACAGAGGACGACAAUCCCAGGGAUGAGAGAGCGCAGAAUGAAGCCUCCCCAAAAGGACAGGUCAUCUAUGAAGGGAAAAGUGGCCAUGUGCUCUCAUAUGAUGGAAUGACAUCAGGAAAUUCCAAGGACAACCAGUGGAGUUCUGUAGCUGUGAAUGAAGUCACUGGAAUGAAGCGGAGCUAUGAGAUGAUGGAAGAAGGCAUUAUGUGGGGUUUAAUGACACGCAAUUCAGUGCCUUCCAGCUAUGAGGGGCUGAUGUUUCGUGCUGUUCCCAGGGACAGAUUGAGCCAUCGUGACUCCAAUCAACUCCCUCAGAUUCACGGCUCAAUCACACAAGGAUUACCUCGAUCACAAGCUGAUGGCCAGGGUGAGUGUCUGAGGAGAGAUUCCAAGCAGAUUAAGAGAGAAAACUCACCGUCGAGAAGCCUGUGCGAUGGAUUGAAGCGGAGGAGCUGGGAUGGUUUUGUCCCAACUGUCAAAGAGGCAGGACGCUCAAUCCAUGAAAUCCCUCGGCAGAGAUCGCACAGAACACCAGAGACCUGCACGCUAUCGAAAUGCAACAUCGAGGGCUCCAUCUCCCAGGGACCUGCAGUAAAAUGUGAGAACACGUCUCCAGCAGCUGGUGACAAACAUACCAGCCACUCACUGAGCAGUUCCAGGAACGUUUUUCACCCCAGGGAGCAGUUGGAUCUGACCCUUGAUGGUGCAAGAGGUUUGGACAGAAUUCCCUACGAUGACAGUCCAAAAAGCCGGCUCAGUCCCGUUGUUAAUAGCACCAGCUCCACUAAACAGGAAUCUCCGGUCAUUAUGCAGGAGUCAGCAAAGUCUCACAUCAGUCCACAUUCCUACCCAGCAGCUCUCCACUUUAACGGACCUUUACACAGGCGAUCUCCUGGUGCAGUGAGAGAAGCAGUAUCUAUACAGCAAGAAGGUAAAAUGGUUUCUCAGGAGCGAAAGGCCACUCCAACAUCCAGGGAAAUGUCUUCUGCUAAAUCACCACACAGAAUGAUCCCAGAGCAAUUUGCACACAGCCAGUAUGAACAACUGCUCGGGAGAAUGGCCGCGACUGAUUUCUAUCGGAGCUCUGUCCCACUGGGACUUGAUGCUGCUGCUUUAGCCCAGGCAGUGCCCCUCGAUACAGCUGCUUAUUGCUUUCCGAGAGCCCUGACUCCGACAGGGGCUUACCCUCACCCAUAUGCCCCUCUCCUGCUUCAGGGCUGUCCUGAAGCUGCUGCUUUGGAAAACAGACAGACCAUCCUGAACGACUACAUCACCUCGCAGCAGAUGCAUCAUCCAGCGACAACAGCAGUGACGCACCGCGCUCAGCUACUUCGGGGCCUGUCCCCACGUGAACAGGCCCUCACUCUGGGCUACUGUGCAAAUCCUCAAGGUGAGUUCUCCAACCCAUAGCCAGCACAUUCCAUCAACCUGAUUGAUGAAGAAUUGAUUUAGAAAGGGAA